CAUCAACAAAAUGUUGGCACCCAUUGUCCAUAACUGAAAUGAUGAUGAAAAUACGAUGAUAAGAUGUCUAUGGGCAAUCAUCCCAAGGCAUAUGGAACUGCGGCAGUUGCAGUUGCAUUCGUCGCAGGAGUUCUGUUGACAUUGGGUUUCAAGGAUUUAUAUCCAGAUUUAGAACGAAGGUAUCAGAGACGGCGAAAGGAAAAGAGAAGUGGAACUAUUGCGUCUGGUUCUUCAUCAUCUGAUCUACGGCCGGUGGGGUCUAAUCUUCCUCCGUUAAAACUAGAAGACCGAACUUGGAAAUCAGUCCUGGGAUUACCAAAACCUCUAAUCCCAGAAGGAAUAGAAGGAUGUAUUGGCAACACACCAUUAUUCAGGAUUAAAAGUCUGUCCGAUGCAACAGGAUGUACCAUUCUUGCAAAGGCGGAAUUUCUCAAUGGAGGUGGUGGAAGUCCCAAAGAUAGAGUAGCGCUGAAUAUGAUCACGAUGGCAGAAGAGGAAGGAUUCCUGAAGCCUGGUCGAGGAGAUACUAUUUAUGAAGGCACUGUUGGAUCAACUGGUAUCUCACUUGCAACUUUAGCACGUGCUAGAGGUUACAAAGCAUAUAUCUGCAUGCCCAAUGAUCAGAGCACAGAAAAAUCAGAUCUUCUUCAUCGCCUUGGUGCCACAGUCGAAAGAGUCACACCUGCACCAAUCACUUCUACGGAGCAUUUCGUCAACCUGGCAAGGAGAAGAGCGAAAGAGCACACAGCGUCCAAAACGGAUUCUAGUAGAGGCUUCUUUGCCGAUCAGUUCGAAUCCUCUGCAAACUAUCGGGCGCAUUUUCAAUCUACAGGGCCUGAGAUCUAUGCCCAGACAGGAGGGGAUGUAAGCAACUAAGCUCCAUAACCUUCACAUAAAUUUAACUGAUGGCAUUUAGAUUGAUGCGUUUGUGGCCGGUGCUGGUACAGGAGGAACCAUCUCAGGAGUGGCCCUCUAUUUGAAACAAGAGCAACUCAUGGGACAAGACUUAAAAGUCGUACUCGCUGAUCCGGAGGGAAGUGGUCUUUACAAUAAAGUGAAACAUGGUGUGAUGUUUUCUUCGACAGAGAAAGAAGGUACAAGACGUCGGCAGCAAGUCGAUACUAUCGUUGAAGGAAUUGGAAUCAACCGCUUGACACAAAACUUCGAAGCUGGACGAGAAAUUAUCGAUGACGCCGUCAAAGUGACAGACCUGCAGGCACUUAAAAUGGCGAGGUGGUUAGUGGAAAAGGAUGGAAUCUUUGUGGGAAGUAGCAGCGCUGUCAAUUGCGUGGCAGCUGUCGCAACAGCGUUGGAAUUAGAAAAGGGAAGUACGGUGGUCACUAUUCUUUGUGAUAGCGGAACUAGGCAUUUGAGUAAAUUUUGGAAGAAGGUCGGGGAAUUGGGAUUGGAGGAGCAACAUGAUAGCCAAGACUUGCUGGCUCACUUAGGCCUUCAAUCAGCAGGAAAGUGAAAAUGGUGACAGACGCACCAAGCCUCCGCACUCAGCAAGAAAUUGUAUGGUGAAAGGUUUUCGCGGGUCACAAAUGACGUUCGUACAAUUCUCAUCUUAGGUCAACGUGAUCUGCCUACCUCCAUUUCUGUGAUUUGGCGUUGCUUCCUAUGACAGACAGACUUUUGUUGUUCGGUUCUAUUUCACAAGUUCCUCCAUUGUGAAGCCUCAAAAUAAUCUGCUCAGUGUCCUCCUUCCGUUUCCUUUUUAAACGGGUAGACGGAAUGACAUUCAUUGCCUCAAUUGUCGUUGUAUAUAUGGGAGUUCGGAAGUCAAGUGAACAGCGUCAUUUUUUGAUAUCGCAUCAUUUCCUUUAAUAUGGCCAUCGUUUAGAAGCAAAAUGUGCAGAGGUCUUAUGUUUGAUUUUAGGCAAUCAAUCAUUGUAUUCAGCAAUUCAUGAAGUAAUUUCACUUCAAUCAAAGGGCACUGAGUAUAAGUUUGAUUAUUGAAUCAUAUGAUGCUGCUAGCCAUACACUUACUCACCACUUCCCGGGCCAGAGAAGAAUAGCCAAGUGUUUGCUCCAAUUCAACGCUCGAGGAUUAUCAGCCAUUGAGACACAAGGGAAUGAGCAAUCACCUAGGACAAUGGCUGGUAUUCCGAAGCUAGUCUUGCCAUUCUAAGCUUCAUAGAUUUCCAGCUCGCCUCUUUUGCCUCUAUUAAACCACUUGUAUAAUUUUCCUUUUGCGACGUACUCUCGGACUUCUCUUCAGGAUCAGGAUCGAUCAACUGCUUUAUUU